AUGGAUCGUAAUAAAGUACCAAUAUCCUCAUCGCGGGCCCCCAAGAAAGUCUCAUCUCAUGCGGGAAGUGAAUUUUUUGCCCUCGGCUCAAAGGGAUACAGUCGAGAUGGAGAGAGUAAGGCCAAGCUGCCGAUUAGCAAGUCAAGUUCCUCCACAGCUGUGGAUCGUAAACGAGACUCGGCCGGUACCUCUGCGUCGUUGCUGGCCACCAAAAAGCCAAAACUAUCAUCUUCGGUACGUUCCGGAGCGGCAGAGGGCAGCAGUGGUGGUGGCGGAAGCGGUGUUAGUGGUGGAAUUUCGGCACCCUCCAAUGAGCUGUGGGAACAAAUGGCCACCGACUGUGAUUCGGUGGAUAUUAUCGAAACCAUACAAACCGCUGCCGAACAACAUGACUCGGAGACAUUGGUGCGCCUGAUUUGCGGAUGCAUUAAAAAUAUAAUAUCAUCCUAUGCCAAGUCCAAGCCGGACAUGAUUGCCAUGCUGAGUAUUAUGUAUUUGGCCAAGGUGCAUCCGGAUUAUUUUAAUAACGACAUCAUAACAUCGGGCCUGUUGCAUAUUUUGCGUAGAGAUUUCAAUUUGAAAAUGCGACAGAGUUCGUAUUCGCAUGUACUGGCAUGCAACUUGUUGAUGCGUGUCUACAGCGACAAAAAACAGUGGCCGGAGAUUUUUAUGCGUAUCUAUAUUGACGAUGCGAUAAAUGAUCGUUUCUGGUCGGAUAAUAGUUUGUGUGCCCCGUUCAUAAGGAACAUUGCGGCGGCUUUCAAAACCCGACAGCCACAACUUACUUUCAUGCAAUCUGAUGGUAGCGGCGGUGGAGGUGGUGGUGCAUCUGGUGCCGGUACACCAACAAUGACACCUACACCCACCCCGGGCAAUCAACCGGCAUCAUUGUCGAUAAAUGUCGAUGAUGAUUCGUGUGAUAAUUCGGAAGCAAGUGGUUCGGCAAAGCCAUCUGAAUUUAAACCCGCCGCAGGUGACACCUAUUUCGAUGCCAAAAAUCGUUAUGUAGACUCGGAGAGGAUUGUGGAGAAAUAUGUAACUGAGGCCAUAAAGGAACAGUUGAAUAAACGUCAACAGCAGGAAUGUUAUACAAGGAAUUUCCUGAAAUUCCUAUGCAUCACCUCAGGCCUAGUUGAGGUACGUCAUUUGUGUAUAUCACGGCUGGAGUUAUGGAUCCACAAUGGCAAAUUGGUGAAAUUUGCCCAGGAACUGUUGUCGUAUAUUUGCUUCAAUGUCCGUGCAAAGCAUGCAAAAGAUCAUGAAGUUCUGGCGAUAUUGGUUAAAAUGCGUCUGAAAGCGAAGCCAUUAAUCAACUUCUAUAUGGCCUGCAUUAAGGAAAUGAUCCGCCUGGAGCCAGGAAUUUUAAAUGUCGUUCUGAAAUUGGUCGUACAAAAUGAAUUGUCAAAUACCAGAAAUCCCAAUAAUAUGGGAAUGUUGGCCACAAUGUUCCAAACCGCUCCCGACGAGUCGGCCAAAUGUUUGGCCGAAAUCUACAAAGAAUUUUUACUACAACGUGAAGAUUGCCUACGGACACUUCGCGUAUUUCUACGCGAAUUGGUGCGAAUGCUACGCAAUGACAUCAAUCUGGUAGUAUUCUGUAAAGUAUUCCUAAAUGGCCGUCCCGAACUGAAUAAACAAAUUGAAAAUUCCGAAUUCAGAGAUCGUAUAUUCCAUUCAAUGGUUGAUAUUGCUUGUCUCUGCAUGUUGUUGUCCGUAUCACCACAAGUCCGCGAGGCAAGCAUUUCGCUGCGCGUGACCAAAGAUAAUGCCGCCAACAAUGCCAUACUCCUGAAAUUCUACAAUCAAAUGUGUCAGAUCCAAUUGGAUUGUGUCUCAUGGAUGUAUGAAAUUGUCCCAGCUCUCAAGCUGCAGGGCACCGAAUAUUUUAAUGGCCUGCACAAAAUGCUGCUGCUUGAUAAUGCUGAACAAUAUUCCAGAUAUGAUCAAUGGCCAUCGGAACCGGAAAGGACCACAUUGCUGCGUUUGGUUUCGGAGACGCCAAUCCAUGAAGAUACCCUUAUUCGCAUUAUAUUGAUUGGUAUUACCAAGGAGAUACCCUUUACCAUACCGGAUACAUUUGACAUUAUCAUCUCGUUGAUAAAACGUGCCUCAACAAUGCGCAUCACCACCUGCCCGGUGGUACAGGCAAAUAAAUUCGAUAUUAUUGAUUUCCUUUUCAAUAUGGCGGAAUAUCAUCAUCCGGAAAAUAUUAAUUUACCGGUGGACUAUGAACCACCGAAAUUGGCCAUAACUGUUCUAUAUUGGAAGGCAUGGUUGAUAAUGUUGAUGAUAUCCGCCCAUAAUCCAUCGACAUUUGGUGCAUUCUGUUGGAAUCACUACCCGACAAUGAAAAUGCUAAUGGAAAUGUGUAUAACCAAUCAAUUUAAUGAAUCGGCAAUGACCAAGGAGGAGUUACAGAUUAUACCCAUGGAACGUGAUCACAUUGUUGAGUUCGAAUCGUAUUUGGCCGCCCAGACAUCUCAAGCCGUGAUCACCGAGGAGAAUGCCAUAUUAACCUCUCAACUCAUGCUAAUGGACCCAAUGGGUGUGGCUCGACGACUUCCCGCCGGUGUUCUGGAACAAUUGCGGUCACUAAAUAAACUCCUUAAAAUUGGUCACCUACUGUGUCGCAGUCGUAAACCUGAUCUCCUAUUGGAUAUCAUACAACGUCAGGGUACAUCACAAUCAAUGCCUUGGUUAUCGGAUUUGGUGCAAAAUAGUGAUGGCGAUUUUAAUCAUCUGCCCGUACAAUGCCUCUGUGAAUUUUUACUUUUCAAUGCCAGUGUAAUCAAUGAAGAGAAUAGCCGUGAUGCGGAAUUGGUAAAUUUCCUGCGUAAUGUCAUCAUGGAUCCGGCAUAUAGUAAACAAACCUGUGAAAUUUUGGAUUAUAUAUUUCGUCGUUUGUGUUCGACGGUAAAAUCGACAAGGGUUUCUGCUUUAAGGGGUCUCAAGAUUAUUUUCAAAAGUUCCGAUAUGUCUGGGAAUGAUUGGCUGCUGAGUUCCAUACCGCAAAUACCACAUUUCAAUGAGGUUCGCGUGUUUAUUAUACCUCAACUGAGAUCGGCAUGUCAGGUGGAAAAUUGCCCGGAUUUGGUAAUGGCCUAUAUACAAUUUAUUGCCGCCAAUACCCUUGAUGAUUCGGUGACCGAUAUGUUGGAUCAUGUCAUCGAUAUGGCUCAGUUGAUUGUAGAACGUAGCACCAUGUUCCAGCACAUUAUACCCCUGAAUGAUGGUGGCGGAACUAAUGAGCCACCCUUGAUGGUAUAUGAUGAACAAACCCGCAUGGAUGAGGAGAAUCGUUUGCAGACCCUGAAAUGCCUGUUCGUUAUGUUCAACAAUUACAUCAUCAAAUUGCGGGAUCAUCAUGAAACCUACCAAUGGAAUGAAUAUCCCGACCUGUUAAUGGUACAAUUUAAUGAUGGCGUCCAGUUGCCCUUGCAUUUGAAUAUAAUUCAUGCCUUUAUUAUUCUGCUAACGCAUAGCAGUAAUCAAAUGCCGGAGUCGGUACCAAUUCUCGACUAUUGGUUUCCCGUGGAUGGUAAUGUCCCCAUUGCCUAUAUACCGAAUAUGCCACAGGAACCGGUUCAACUCUUACCCGAUUGGUUGAAAUUGAAAAUGAUUCGGUCUUCGGUGGAUAGGUUAAUAGAGGCGGCAAUACGAGAGCUAACACCCGAUCAAAUAGUUCUGUUUGUGCAGAAUUUUGGUACACCCAUUAAUUCAAUGUCCAAGCUAUUGGCCCUGCUGGAUCAUGCUGUAAUUGAACAAUUCGACACGGUGAAGAAUGCCAUUCUCAAUAAGGCUUAUUUGGCGCAAUUGAUUGAAAUCCAACAGGCCAGGGGUGCCAAAAAUGGUCACUUUACCGUGCAGGCCUUGGGUUUGUAUUCACAUUCACAGACCGUCGAAGAUAAUCCGAAAAUAAAAAUCGAUGUUUUGGAGCCAAUUGGUUUGGAGGAAUUGGAAGCGCCCAGUCUGCAGGAAAAACAAGACCCCUAUGAGGGAGAGGAGGAUGUUGAGAAUGAGGAGACUCUUUACAGGGUUUUAAAUUGGUCCAAACCCCAACAUUAUCAAAAGGAUGCAUUCCACAACCUGCUACAUCAGCUAUUCGAUUGUGGCGGCCAUCAGUCCGCCACAAGUGUGGCUCAACAAAUUCUAAAUUACCAAAAUCUGGAAAAUCUAUUUUUUAAUGUUUUAGAUGGCAGCCAAGCGGUUGCCUUGUUACGGGCAAUUUUAAGAUUAGGUUGCGGCCACAAUUUACCCUUAUAUAAAUCGUUGGCAAGCAAACAGCAGAUGGGUGGUGGUACUCCCAUGAUGAUGAUAUUUGCCGAGACGUUACAGAAAUUAAUUAACAACUCUCUGGAGGUGAGCAGUAAACCCGAUCACCAUGGCAUUAUAAAACCCCGACGCAGCACCCUGCAACAAGUCCUCACGGAAUUUCGUAACAAUCGUAAAUCCCUGCAACCCAGUAAGUUCUACAGUAAUGGUAUGUUGGUAGAUCUUUUGGCCGAUCAUGAUCCCGAGUUAUGUUGUGAUUUCCUAAAGCAAGAUUUACCCCUACUAUUCUCACAAAGUUCGGGAGAUUUCCGUUUCUAUAUGCUUUCGUGGAUAUGCCAUGAAUCCAAUUGGAAUACCCUCAUCUCCAGUUUGGAAUAUAUGCUCACGCAACAGCAUGGAGGAGAGGAGGUGGAUUUGGAUUAUUCAACGGUAUUGAAUUUCAUACAGGCUCUCAUACACAAUCCGAAAUUGUGGCAGGGACGUGAUCGCACCGUCUUAAAAACCGAUUUAAGUGAUAAUGUCAUCUACUUGAAAGAUACGGAAUUGAAGACAUUUACCGAGUUCAUUCUCAAGGAGGGUGAAAUGGAAUUCAGGACCUCGGCAUCGCAGUAUCCCUUUAUAUUGUCGUGCCGCAUAAAUUUACUGUUUCGUAUUUGCCACAAAAAUACCCGCAAUUUGAUACGAUUCAUUGAGUAUGUGUGCCAGUGUCAGAGUCCGGAAAAGUUACGCCUCAGUGUCCUGAGGCAAAUGUACCUAAUGUAUCCUUCAAUUAAAUUUAUACGCUCCCAACAACAGGUUGAAUCGUAUACGGAUAGACUACAAAAUCUCAAUGGAUGUCAAGCGGAUAAGGUAUCAUCAAAUCUCAUCACCUGUCUGGGUAAUUUAUUUACCAAGAAAGAUUUUGAGGCCCUGUCAAGUGACAUCGAAUUGUUGAUAAGGAAAAUUGCUGCCUCCCACCCGGCUCUCUUUCUGCGCCAGCUGGGAGUGUUGUCCUCCCUAAUACAGGGACGUGGCCAAUUGAGUUUGCGUGUCAUACGCGAUGAGUAUCAUAUGCAUCGUUUUAUACAAAUUCUGCGUACCCUGGAGCUGUUGCAACCCAUCUGCUUCGAUGACAUCUACAAGGAGGAGUUCCAAUCAGCCUUGAAAUGUUAUUUUACAUUUUUCCAACAGUACAGCAAUGUCAAGGAAGCCUAUCACAUACUGAUUAAGCUCAUCGAACUGCUGCAAUCGUACAUCAAUGUAAAUCCCUCUUCGGCUUUGGGUUUUAUUGAACAACAUGAAUAUGUUGAUGUGCUAAUGGAUUUGGCAAAUCGUUACAAUUCCAUAUCGUCGUUACAUCAAUUGGUCCAGGGUAUUACACUGCUGCAGCAGAAGACCACAUCGUCGCACAACAAUAGUAGUGUGGAUGUGAAACAGGAAUUUGAUUUUGAGGAAUCUUCUUAUGCCACAAAUAAUGAAAAUCGUGCUGCCAGUACAUCCACGGUCACAUCAAUGGACACUGGCGAUGUUGCCACAGACUCUCCAACAACGUCGUAUCAAUUAUCAAAUUUAGACAUUAACUCCCGCGGUGCUGUAACAGUUGCAAUUUCCGGCUCCCUCAAUAAGACCACCUCCGCAAUUUCACCCCAUUUUGCUAAUCUUAUCAAAAUUGUCAAACACUCCAGUGCCGAGGAUACCAUCCUAGGACCUUUACAAGAAAUUGAAAGUUUCACCUCGAAACGUUUUAAUUUCCUAAGUGAACUUUUUGAUCGUCUUCUCGAAUUGAUAUUCUCCUCCAGCGCUCAAAUACGUUCGAAUGCCUUUAUAUUGUUAAUCCGGCAUUUAAAACACAAUCCCGGACGCACCGAUGUUAAUCGUUGUACCCUCAAUGCCUACAUCCAGUGUCUGAGGGAUGAUAAUUCUUCGGUGGCCGCCACAGCCAUCGAUAAUUUAACGGAUAUGUGUCUACUGUUGCAGGAACAUGCCAUUGAAAUAUUAUCGGUGGCAUUUGUGUUGGGUCUCAAGUCGAAAUUAAAUACAAGUCCACAAAUUAAGAGAGUAUUGCAAACGAUAAUGUUACAGCAUGGUUAUUAG